AAUACUCCGUAGGAAAGUAGGAAUAUCAAAAGCCAAACAAUCCGCCCAAUCCAAGCGAAAUCAAUCUGCGACUAUGGCCGCCCCCACCUCCACCAGCAGCGGCGGGCAACAAUCCGAUAAACGGCCGCGGUCAGUCUUCGACCUCCCUGCAAACUUCUUCGAUUCUUGCCGUCUUCUUCCUCCCGCCAAACUCCUUCAAUGUCAAUCUUAUACUUCAAUUCCUUUCGUUGAAGAAGACGAAGAAGCCCUAGCUUCGAGCAGGAGUGAGAAAGAGAUAUUGAACGAAAAUGAUGAUGAAGCAGAUACUUCAAAUUGUAGUAAUAGUAGUAUGAACAGAUGGUCUUGCAAUAUUUGCAAGUCUGAAUUCGAGUCUCUCCUUGACCAGCGCUCUCAUUUCAAGUCUGACCUUCAUCGUUUCAAUGUAAAGCUAAGCCUUGCGGGAAAAGUUGUUUUGAAGGAGGAUGACUUUGAUGAGUUAAAUUAUGACUCUUUUUCCAAAGAUUUUGACGUUUCAAGCAUAUCAGGAUCUGAAGAUGAAGAUGACAGGGUACCCCGUGUUUUGAAUAAUACAAUGGACAUGUCAGUUCAAAGCGUUAAGCAGAAAUUAUGUUCCGGCCUUCACUCAGGGGAAAAAGUCUCUAUCUGGAAGUGCUUGCUUCUGAAAGAUUCCGAGGAUGUAUCCUAUGAGAACAAUCAGUUAGUGGUUAUUGAUGACAAUGGACGUGUGCCUAACUUGAAUGUAAUAGAGAAGUUGAAAGCUUUGACUCAUGAGCCAAGAGAUAAAACCCACUUGAGGAUCGUAUUGCUGGCAAGUGGAGGACAUUUUGCUGGUUGUGUCUUUGAUGGAAACACUGUUGUUGCUCACAAGACGUUCCACAGAUAUGUUGUGAGAGCUAAGGCCGGUAAGAGGCAGUCAACCAAAGAUGCAAGUGGCAGGUCUAUACAUUCUGCCGGAGCAUCACUCCGCCGCUAUAAUGAGCUUGCUUUGAAGAAGGAUAUUCAAGAGUUGCUUGCUUCUUGGAAGCCUUUUUUUGAUGCAGCUUCCUGUGUCUUCAUUUAUGCACCCUCAAGCAACCGUCAAUUGUUCUAUAAUGGUGAGGCCCCACUCUUUAGCAACCAACGGUGUGAUGCUAGGAAUAUUCCUUUCAGCGUUCGAAGGCCUACUUUAAAGGAAGCACGGCGUAUAUAUAAUCAGUUGAGCCUAGUUGCUUAUGAAAUUGACGAAGAGGAACUUCCUGAUAUAAAGCAGAUUGAAUUAAAUGAAAGUUGCAUUGAUGCAAACAUUUUGAGGAGCGACGAAAGGGGGGAAGCAAAGGUGGUUAGAGGGGAUGAAGUUUCUGAAACUGGCAAAAUUACUGAUGAACAAUCCUUGUCUGAUGAAAGUGAUAAUGAACUCGGAUGUAAAACAACUCUAUUACAUGAAGCAGCAUCAUCUGAUAAUUCUGAAAAGGUUUUGGAACUUCUAGAGCAGGGUUUAGAUCCAACUGUCAAAGAUGAAAGAGGGAAAACACCCUACAUGCUGGCUACUGAGAAGGAAGUAAGAAAUACUUUUAGACGCUUUAUGGCUUCAAACCUUGAUAAGUGGGAUUGGCAUGCUGCCAAAGUACCUAGUGCAUUGACUAAAGAGAUGGAGGAGUCUCAGGCUGUAAAGCAGGCUGAAAAAGAUGCCAAAAGGAAAGCAAAAGCAAAGGAAUUGAAAAAACAACGUAAAGAAAGAGAAAAGGAAAAGAAAGCUGAGGCAAUGGCUGCAGAAUCUCAGAAAGCUGCAAAAGUUGCAGAGAAAAAGACUGCUGCUUCACCUUCAAUAAGAACAGUUCAAUCUGUCAUUGCUGCAAGAUUGUCCAAAGAGGAGGAACUAAAGAGGAAGCAAGCAGAAGAGAGAGAAAAGAGAGCUGCUGCAGCUGAAAGGAGAUUUGCGGCAGCCGCUGCUAAUGCCCAAGGGACUAUCACGCACGCAACUGCAAGCUCCUCCCAACCGAAAAACAGUGCUGGGAGUACCGACAUAGUUUGCUCCUGUUGUAAUGCAUCAUUGGCGGGUAAAGUUCCUUUCCACAGAUAUAACUACAAAUACUGUAGCACAACAUGCAUGCAAGUUCACAAAGAGAUUCUUGAAGAUGGAUCAUGAACUGGUCAGAGUUUUUUUUAUUAGUGCUUUUCUUUUCUUUUCUUUUUUCUACUGUCGCGUUUUUAAUUUAUGCUUCAUAUUAAAUUAUUAUUCUGUUGAUGGCGUUAUAUUAAUGCCGUAUCACAAAUAAACAUUAUAUAUUAAUAUCUAAUAACAGAUGGAGUAUACUACAUUUUUAAGAGAAA